AUGGAUCAUAUCAUUCAUCCCGGUGGGGAAGUGAUCUUAAAUCUGCGCAAUCCAAACGCUUCUGUUGCCCAAGGAACGCCCAACGCUGCUCAAAACCCUCAAGAACAUGGCAAUGAUCCGAGUCCCGACAGUAAGAUGUCACCCGAGGACGAAGUCCUUUACAUGUUCCGAGUCCAAGUCUCUGCCCAGCAUUUGGUGUCUGCAUCUCCAGUUUUCAAGGAUUUACUUCCUGCCGACUGGGAGGAAAGAUUUUUGCAGAACGGCCCAGUUGAAAUUACCGCCGAGGGUUGGGACCUUCACGCGUUCUUAUGUUUCCUUUUUGCUAUCCAUAACAAGAGCUACCGCACGCCACGAAACCUGGAGACACUCGCCAAGGUUGCUGUCAUUGCGCAUUACUAUGAAUGCAGGGGUGCCCUUCAAAACAUGCUCGGAGCAUGGCUGCCACGUCUGCAGGCAAUGACUAUAAGAUGUUCCCGGGAUAUGAUUCUGUGGGUGUGGAUCUCCUGGUUCUUCCAUUUGCCCGUCCAUUUCAAUCACUCCACAUCGGCAGUCAUGACAUUUUAUGAAAAUGAAAUCAAGGACUUGGGGUUUCCAAUUCCCCCUCGACUCAUUAGAGCACUGAACAAAGGUAGAAGAAAGGCUAUCGAGUUCUUGCUCACGUCCCUUUCUGAAACACUCGAGGACUUCGAAUGGGGCGAUAUGGGCUGUGGGCAUGAGUGCAGGCGUAUCGUGUGUCAACAUCUCACCAGGUGGAUGAAGCGAUAUGAUCUCGACCCGGCACCCGAGGCCCCUUUCCCAAAUUUGAGCUACAACGCUAUCAUGGAGCACUUGGAGGCAUUCCAGAUCGGCGUUUGUGGCUGUGAUGAGUCAAAGUUCACAAUCUUUCCCCCCUAUUCGGAUUUGGAAGAGGACAUCGGAGGACUGCAUCUACCCCUUUAUGAUUAG